UUCAGAGGAGAGUCGAGCACCAUCCACUGAUCUCUCUCACAGUGCUCUUCAGCCACCAGCUGCUCAGUCAAAGUCAUCUCUGAUUGAGCUUUUACUUCGCUUUAAAUUCAUCAACGAAAGAAAAACUCUAGGUCACAUUCGCGCCCGAGAAACAAAGUUUGAGACGAAGGGAAGCUGAAGUUUUGAGAGCGCACAUGGCUGCUCUGAUAAGCGCGUAUUCGUCCUGGCCGGAGAGCUUUGAGAGCUCCGCGGGAAAUGCGGACGUACCUGACGGACACACCUCCCACAGAGCUCCCGCGGACAAGGUGUCGGAACCGCGUAUCAGGAGACCCAUGAACGCCUUUAUGGUGUGGGCCAAAGACGAGCGCAAGAGACUCGCAGUGCAGAACCCUGAUCUCCACAACGCGGAGCUAAGCAAGAUGCUGGGAAAGACAUGGAAAGCUUUAACUCCACCACAGAAGAGACCAUAUGUGGAGGAAGCGGAGCGGCUGAGGGUGCAGCACAUGCAGGACUACCCCAAUUAUAAAUACCGUCCCCGUAGGAAGAAGCAGCUGAAGCGCAUCUGUAAACGCGUGGACCCUGGCUUCCUCCUGACCACCCUCGGCCCCGAUCAAAACUCCCUCCCAGAUCCCCGAGGCUGCUGUCACCCCCUCGAUAAAGACGACGAGAGCGCU